CUGCGAACAUCAAUUAAUCACAAUACCAAUACCCUAUCGAGGUAUCCUGCCUAAGGUAUUCUUAGGCAGUUGCGUAUCAGUUUUGCUUCUUGCCAACACCCCACGUGACCCCGUGUACUCGCUCCCGUCUUCCCUCUUCUACCUAGGGACAGACGCCAAAACUCAUCCUCGUCAUUCAUCAUCAAAACCCUUGCUAAAUUUAGCUGCAAGUGCCAUUUUCCCCGCCGCAUCCAUUCCCUAAAACAAUGAUUCAUCGCCUUGAACGAGAGCGGCUGCGAUGACGUUGGAUAGCGAUAACGAGUUUGGCUAUGAUUUCUCUGCCGAGGAGGAAGAAUUGCUCCUUCAGUUGUCUGCUGAAAAUAACGACGUCCCGAAUAACGCAGAGAUCGCAGCUAUAGACUCUGUUCCUGAGAGACACGAUAGUCUACACCCUCAAAAUGUCGCUGGCGGCACGUCAACUUCUGGCGUGGACCGCCUUCAAACAGAGUCCACGAAUAGUCUGUACAGAGGCAAGGCCUUUCAUCAACUCGACACGUCUUCUGGUCUGCCAACGCCGCCACCAGCUUUAUCCUCAAUCGAGGACGUACUCUACCCGGAUUUGAGCAAAGCCUUGAAAGAUUUGAAACCAAAGCCACCUCUAGAAUCAGAACCAAGUGUUUCUCCAACACCAGCAACUGAGGCAAAUGAGGCUGAUCCGUAUGACGAUGGCCGCUCACCUCUGCAGCGGUUCAGGUCAUAUCCUAAGAGACCACUGACCGUGACCGAUCUUACGUCUGGUGCUUGGUGCGAGUUGCAGUACUGGUAUACUCUCACCCGCUUACCUGGAGGUCGAAGAACCAGAACAGCAGCCAUGAAGCAAGGAACCAAAGUUCACAAAAAGCUUGAGGAUGAAGUCCACACUACAGUUCAAAUUGACAUCAUGACCAAGGAAGAUGCAUUUGGACUCAAACUGUGGAAUCUAGUUCAAGGACUCAGAACCUUGAGAGACACGGGACUCACUCGUGAACUCGAAGUAUGGGGCAUGAUUGAUGGGAACCUCGUCAAUGGAGUCAUCGAUAGCGUGAGCUACGAGAACCCCAAUCCUGAAUUUGAAGCAGAACUCUCUAGUCAAGAGUCUGACACGACCGGACGACAAUCUUCGGUGACCGACUACUUUCCGCCGAAAAACACGAAUCAUAAGAAUGACUCGGGGCCAAAGAUUUAUCUUGCAGACGUCAAGACUCGCGGAUCAUUUUCUCCUGUUUCCAACGCUCAAAUACGACCUGCAAAGAUUCAAUUACUUUUGUAUCAUCAGUUCUUGUCUAGUAUGGCUGCUGGAAAACUGGAUUUCCUCAAGGUCUUUCGACGGUACGGACUUGAUCCAGAUGACACCUUCUCAGACACCUUCAUCGCACAAGUCGGCAGCUUGCAUGAUGAGAUUUUCGUGGAUGCAUCAGAAACAGAAACAGAAUUCACCCAAGAACAUCCUUCCUCGAGUUUCCAGAGCUCUUCUUCAGCUGGACCAGAUCUGUUGCAGUAUCGAACUCUACGCGAACUCAUUCCUCUUGUCGAGCAUGAGAUAGAGCUCACCUUCCCUCAGGGCGAACACUCUCUUGGACACAUGCUUCGAGUUCAAUACGUCCACCGCAGCGAUGGUCGUGAAAUCGAUCUUCACGACUUUCCUGCUUCGAGACAAGCUCUGGAGACCUAUCUUGCUAACUAUAUGGAUUGGUGGAAAGGUAAACGCGAUGCAAGAGGCGUCGAUAUAGAGGAAGCAUUCAAGUGUAGAACAUGUGAAUUUGCUUCCGAUUGUUCAUGGCGUCAGGGCAUAGAUGAUGAGAUGUUACAGAGGGCCAGGGCGCAGCAAAAGAUAAGGGCUACGCGUCGGGCUCGCAGCAAUGCUGCGUAAGGUUGGGGACAAUCUGGAUAUCAUGAGUUGUGAUGCAUUGGAACAUGCUAUGAGAAUUGUAUGAAUUGUUCAGGUUUGUGAAAUCCAUAGAAAGAUGUCGAGCAUAAACAAGACAUUUUGUUGAGCAGUUGUAUUGAUUCAUACUGACUCUAUUUAUCGUCUAUAUCGAAGUUGUCUAUAUGAAUGAAAGGAACAGGAGAGGCCGCAUAGUGUACGCGCUGUUUAG